AUGUCAAAUUUAAAGCCCGUGGCAAUAAAUGCCCAUUACAUUCGAGUUGGAUAUCAGGGACGCAGCACAGCCGUAGCACGUGUAGUAAUUGUCAACGAUGAGCAAAAGCUUCUACAUGACAUUUAUAUUCGGCCAGAUGAAGGUUUAUUCGAAAUUCCAUCGUUUGAAGACGAAUACAUCUUUAAAAAGGUUAAAAACGGUAAAAAUUUGAUGAUUUUUUAAAAUUUUUCGGAAUUUUUGGGCUUUGAAAAGUGUUUUUGGGUAAUAAAUUUUGUUCAUCGUGGACUUUACAACAUUUUCAACAAAAAAUUUUAGGUCUGAAUCCAUUACAAGCCGCAGAAAUCAUUGCCCAACACCUAAAACCCCAUAUUGUAGUAGGUCAAGACUUGGUGAACUUAUUGGACGACCUCAAAGUAACUUCAAUUUAUGAAAAUAGAAUCCGUGAUUUGAGGAAAUAUUCAAAAGUACAAUUGUUAUAUCCAGGUGGAGCAAUGUUGGACUCUAACGUGUCUAUUCAACGAAUGGCACAUGAGAUUUUGGGGGCGACGGUAGGUUGGACGGAAAAUGAAAUUUUUAAAAAUUGAUUAGGAAAUUUGACAAAAAUAUUGAUUUAUCUUACAAAGAAGGUCUCAAAGUAUAUAUUCGAUUCAAAAGUUCCGGAUUCUAAAGUCAAUUUAUCGACAAAAAUGAAUGUUUUAGUACCCAACCGGCUGUGACAAAGUAGUGGAAGAUGCGAUCAACAUGAUGAGGCUCUACAAGCUGGCAGCUCCGACGUGGGAAGCUGAAAUUAAGUCACAAUCUUCAAUAUUAUCUACAUGGCGUCCAGCGACAACACACCAAGCCCAGCAGGAAUCAGAAGGCUUUAGUUGGGGCGCUUUGGCCGCAGGCGCAGCAGCUGCCGGCUUUACCAUUUUAACCGCGAAGUACGCUUCGAAUCAGCGAAGAAAUAGAGAAUAA